AUGACUAGCACACGAGACAGCAAAGCUAAGGAAGAGAAACGUGUUUUAGCUGAACAUUGCUCAAUCGAUAGCAACAACUCCAGCAUCGAUGUGGAGAAAGAAACGGACGUGGCGUCUAUUUCCUGGCGAUACAAGAUCCCAAUUUUGAUCGUCCUGUUGCUGCUCAACCUCGGCCCACACGUUGCUGAAGCAACGCUUAGUCCACUGAAAACGACGAUUAAGGAGAAUGUGAAAGAACACGGCGAAAAGAUUUGCAAUGCGCGGUACGGAGUCAUUUCUUCUGCCAGCGCGCUGAUCAACGCGCUAUUUCCCAUCAUAUCCGGUGUGCUGAUCGAUUUUUAUGGGCCCUCUUUUGUGUCGCUCACAUGCUCGACCAUCACGUUUGUGGGGUACAUUGUCCGAGCUGUUGGUGGACAGCGCGAGUCAUUUAGCAUCAUUUUGGGCGGCGAGAUCCUGUCCGGUUUUGGAUUUAUCACGUUGAAUUCGUGUAAGUACAAACUGUACACGCACUGGUUUUCCGGCAGUGUAAAGUCAGGCCCCGGGCACAUUGCCUUUAUUAUCGGUCUGGACAUUGCCAUGAACCGUGUGUACAACACGAUCGGAAAGCAAAGUGCGAUUCCGAUUGUCGAGGAUGCCGGAGAGGCCAACUGGUACUGGGCAUUAUGGUUUGGCGCGAUUCUCACGGGAUUUUCACUGAUUAUAAACGUCGCGUAUGUCAUUAUGGAGCGACGCCUUCCCAGUGCUCUGCGAGUCAAGACGGGCUAUGAAAUUGCAAGCGAGCGCUGCAAGACACUACAGAACGUCAACAAGCAUUGGGCUAUACUGCAGAUGCUCAAGGAGCAGUUGAAACAAGUGGUGUACAUUAUCCGGGACCUACCUGCCGCAUACUGGCUCAUUUGUUGUACGCAAAUUCUGCAGUCUGCGUCGAUUGAUGCGUACUCUUCCAACAGCCCCGAACUUAUUCAAAACACGCGUGGGGAAGACAAGCGUGUUGCAGCAGCAGAAGGCGGGUUGGACGAUGUGAUUCCGAUUGUAUUGACGCCCGUGUUUGGAUUUUUGAUUGACAGGUACGGUGGGAGGACGUACUAUAUCGUGUACACCGCGUGCGUUUACCUGAUUGCUUUUUCGCUAUUGGCGUAUACUAAAGUGAAUGCGCUUGCACCUGUUUUGCUAGCGUCGUUGGCGCUUUCUUCUAACGAUCUUCCGUUUGAGGUCACGAUCCCGCUUGUUGUGCGCACGAAAACGUCGCUGGGCACCGCGUUCGGUGGGUGGAAAGCAUUUUAUAAAGCAGGCACUGUUAUCCUCGAUGUGUCUACCGGUGCGAUCCAGAACCACAGUGUGGCUGUGAAGCACGUCAGUCCAGAGCACCAGUUUGACGACAUGUUUUACUUUUUGAUCGCAAUCAAGUGCGUAGAUGUGAUCAAUGGGUGCAUGUACAUGUACGUGGACAAGCACUAUAUGGGCCAUGUUAUGACGCUCAGUGAGCGAGGCCGUGUGACGAAAGAGGCGAACGAAGAGUCGCGAAAGAAAGACCGGAAGCUGCUUAAGCCGAGGCUGCGAUGGACCAUUGUCGGCAUUUGCAUGUACUUUGCCCUGGUCAUUACUGCCUAUGUUAUCUUUAUCUAUUACUCGGUGGCGAAGGAAACGUGUCGAUAG